AUGACGACACAGGACAACAGCAGCAAGAAGCCGCAGCGCACCAGCCCCGACUGCAGCGCGCCCGAGCACAAGCGCGUGCGUCUCAGCCCGCCCAUGCUGCCGCAGGUCGCGUCGGCAGCCAUGCCGACCUCGCUGCCUCCGCUGCCGCCGCUCAGGAACUUCACAGCUCAGCCUCGCGCCGCCGCCUCUUCGCCUCCGCCCGCAGUCAGCAACGCGCCCAAGCUGGCGGAGCUGCGGCGCAAGUACCUCGAGGACAUCGCCAUGGUCAUCCAGGAGCUGCAGACCGUGCUCACCUUCUGCCCCGGGUCGGCGUGCCCCGAGUCACCCGUGGACCCGUCGGUCGUGCUCAAGCUCGUGCGCACCGUGCAGACGCUGGAGAAGCUGCGCUCGCUGCUGCUCAUGAACCCGGCGAGACUGCGGCGGGUGUCGCUCGCCCAGCUGGACACGGUCGAGCAGCAGAUCAAGAUGAACCUGCUGCCGCUCGCCACGCUGUUCCGCAGCUUCGACAGCGAGAAGGCAGGCAGCAAAGGGCAGGCCAAGGCCCGAGCGGCGUCACCUAUUGUCAACAACAAGAUCAAGAUGGAGCAGCAGCAACAACAGGAAUGGAGCAACCGCUGCAAUAACAAGUCGCCGCGCUCGCCCUCGGGGGCGUCAGUGGCGCCGAUCCCUCGACAUGACUGGCGCUUUCUGUCCAUGGCGCUCAGUCUCAGUCUGUAG